CGCACUGAAAUAUUUCCAAGCUGUCUUCUCAGUCGUCGCUUAGACGUGAACGUGAAUUGAUAGCGCGGAUUGCGUCUUACGGUUUCAAAAAUGAUGUCAAGAUCGUUGUUCCUGCUUCUGCUGAAACUGUUAGUAGUCGUGCCCUUCGUGGCGGCAGAUGGCAUGAUAGAGGUCUUUAAAUGGAAACAGAUGGAUUACUAUAAUCGUGGUGAUGGUAGCGCAUCUCGCCGACCCGAUCCCUCAGUGCCAUUCGUGUUUCCAGGUUCACGUGGAAAACGUAAUGUGACCACCUCUCGGGAUAUUCCAGUGGGGAUUGGUACACGCAACUCCAUUGCUGAUAAUAAUACUGACUCGUACAUACCCUACAAUAAUGUGCCAAUGGGUGCCACACAUUUUCGAGGUCGUCUAUUUGUCACGAUGCCCAGACGACGUGUGGGCAUUCCAUCGACACUAAAUUACAUAGAUAUGCGACGAGAUGGCGCAAAGAGGACGCCCAUGCUAUACGCCUAUCCCAACUUCGAGUUGAACCAGUUUAAUAAUAGUGCACGGAAUCUGGUGUCUGUCUAUCGCACAACUGUCGAUGCCUGCUAUAGAUUAUGGUUCAUUGACACCGGUAUGCUGGAGUAUCCAAAUAAUCGUCAGCAAAUCAGGCGACCGAGCAUUUGGAUAGUGGAUCUGCUCACAGAUCGUGUCAUCAAGCGAUUUGACAUACCGGAGAGCAUUGUGGACACUGGUCGUGGACUGGCCAGUCUGACAAUUGAUGUGCCAUCGGAGACGCAGUGUGGUCAGGCACAUGCUUAUAUACCGGAUCUGGUCAAUAGUCGUCUGUAUGUGUACCGCCUGGCGGAUGAUGGCAUGUGGUCGUUUGAGCACAACUACUUCAGGUUCGAUCCGUUGGGCGGGGAUUUGCACAUUGGCGGACAAUCGUUUCGCUGGGAUGACGGCAUCUUCUCCACAACACUUGGACCGCAGCAGGGCGAUGGUAGCCGCGAUGUCUACUUCCAUGCCAUGGCCAGCAACAAUGAGUUCGUCGUCUCGAAUCGAGUCCUGCAGAUGGAGUCGAAUGCGGCGCGUUCCGAUCACGGCAAUGAUUUUAGAGUGGUGGGCAGCCGUGGUCAGAAUAAACAGUCCACAAUGCAUGCGUACGAUCCGCGAACUGGAGUCAUCUUCUACAGUGAAAUACAAACGAAUGGCGUUGGCUGCUGGAAUAUAAAUAAACCAUUUUCUCCGGCAAAUCAUGGCAUCGUUGACUCCAAUGCUGAAACCAUGAUUUAUCCCAGCGACUUAACGAUCGAUGAGGCUGGCACCAUUUGGGUCAUGACCAAUUCAAUGCCCAUAUUCAUUUACUCCACGUUGGAUAGCAAUGUUUUUAAUUUCCGCAUUUGGAAGCAGGAUGUUAACGAGGCCAAACGUAACACGAUCUGCGAGUGAUUUAAUGAUGAAUGAUAUUUCGCAAUAAAGUUUAUAUAAUGAUGUUA